GCCCAAUGAGAGGAAUUGCUCCCUCUAUGAAUGAUUAACUCUCAGCCGAAGCGGGUGGCCUAGGGGAGGGCUUGGCUAACAGGACCUUUGGACCCGGGGCAGAGUGUCCAGAGGGCCAGAGUAGAGCCUGCAGAAGAGAAGGACAUGGCAGCCAUGGGUGCCAGGUGGUGCUGAGAACAGUGGGGCAUGGCUGCAGUCCUGCAGGUCCUGCCCUGCUUGGCCCGAGCCCCCUUGCGCCCACUCCUCUUGGGUGGCGCAGUGGUCCGGCUGGCCAGUGGCAUGGCCCUCGCGGAGCAGGCACGGCAGCUGUUUGAGAGCGCUGUGGGUGCCGUGCUUCCAGGCCCCAUGCUGCACCGGGCACUGUCCUUGGAUCCUGGUGGUGGGCAGCUGAAGGUGCGGGACCGGAGCUUUCAGCUGCGGCAAAACCUCUACCUGGUGGGCUUUGGCAAGGCUGUGCUGGGCAUGGCAGCUGCAGCUGAGGAGCUACUGGGCCAGCAUCUCGUGCAGGGUGUGAUCAGCGUUCCCAAGGGGAUCCGUGCUGCCAUGGAGCAUGCUGGCAAACAGGAGAUGCUGCUGAAGCCACACAGCUGUGUCCAGGUAUUUGAGGGCGCAGAGGACAACCUCCCAGACCGUGAUGCACUCCGGGCCGCACUGGCCAUCCGGCAGCUGGCUGAAAGCCUCACGGCUGACGAUCUACUGCUUGUGCUCAUCUCAGGUGGGGGCUCAGCCUUGCUGCCAGCCCCUAUCCCACCCGUCACACUGGAGGAAAAGCAGACACUCACCAAACUGCUGGCGGCCCGUGGAGCCAACAUCCAGGAGCUGAACACAAUCCGGAAGGCCUUGUCCCAGCUCAAGGGUGGGGGGCUGGCGCGGGCUGCCUACCCUGCCCAGGUGGUGAGCCUGAUUCUGUCAGACGUGGUGGGGGACCCUGUGGAGGUGAUCGCCAGCGGCCCCACUGUGGCUAGCGUCCACAACGUGCAAGAUUGCCUGCACAUCCUCAAUCGCUACGGCCUUCGUGCUGCCCUGCCACGUUCCGUGAAGACUGUGCUGGCUCGGUCUGACUCUGACCCUCAUGGGCCACACACCUGUGGUCACGUACUCAACGUGAUCAUUGGCUCCAACGCGCUGGCGCUGGCCGAGGCCCAGCGGCAGGCUGAGGCGCUGGGGUACCAGGCUGUGGUGCUGAGCGCAGCCAUGCAGGGCGAUGUGGAAAGUAUAGCCCGGUUCUACGGGUUGCUCGCCCAGGUGGCUGGAACCCGCCUCACUCUGGCUGGGGCUGGAGCCUCUGCGGAGGAGGCUGAACUACUCCAUGAGCUGGCAGCUGAGCUCCAGCUCCCAGACCUGCAGCUGAAGGAGGCUCUGGAGGCUGUGGUGAGGGCCAGGGGCCCCGUCUGCCUGCUGGCUGGUGGUGAGCCCACAGUGCAAUUGCAGGGCUCAGGAAAGGGUGGCCGGAACCAGGAACUGGCCCUGCGUGUUGGAGUAGAGCUGGGACGACGGCCACUGGGGCCUGUAGAUGUGCUGUUUUUAAGUGGUGGCACCGAUGGGCAGGAUGGCCCCACAGAGGCUGCUGGGGCCUGGGUCAUGCCUGAGCUGGCCAGCCAGGCUGCCGCUGAGGGCCUGGACGUGGCCACCUUCCUAUCUCACAAUGACUCACAUACCUUCUUCCGUUGCUUUCGUGGUGGGGUGCACCUGCUGCACACAGGGCUGACUGGCACCAAUGUCAUGGAUGCCCACCUCCUGUUCCUGCGGCCACGGUGAUGGUGUAGGUUGUGUUUUAGGAGUACAGAGGAGGCCUACAGGACAGCAUCCUGGGGCCGACCAGGGUUGGUCCCCAAGGCCUCACCAGGCCUUAGGGUUCCUUCUUUCCUUGGCCCAGGCUUCCUGGUUGGCCCUUAUACCUCACACCCAUGGCUUCUGCUCUGUGUUCAUUCCUCCAACCGGACUGGCAGAUGGGGGCUCUCUUCUCCCUACUUUCUGCUGUGGACAGAUAGCAGGUAUCUCUGAGGACUGGGAUGAGCCCCUUAGCCAGUUUGCUGUUCCCAGUCUUCUCCCCACCCACCCCCAGGCAGCCCCUCUGCUGAGCUCUUGAGUGUCCUUUCUAUGGGGUAAAGCAAGGACUGCAAAUAAAAAGAACCACACUA